GGAAAAAGAUGGCUGCAUCCGCGGGAAGCUUCCCCAAAAUUCACAACAAACUCCUCGAUUUUCACUAUAUCUGUCUUUCGAUUUAAAUAAAAGAACGCUUUUUACAAACCCUGAAACAGUAACAUUCAAUAGAUUUUCAGCAAAAUCUUGACAAUGAGUGUUCAUGAGUUUCGAGUUCAUCACCAUGUCAGUGAGCUGAUGGCUGCACUUGGUGUGAAGUCAAUGGAUGGCCAUGGUGCUGAGGUAUACACUGACAUGCUGAUCAAGAGUAUGACACCAUACAUAACAACCCAAGUGUCGUCUCAUAAUGCCAAGAAGAAGAUAGCAGAGUCGUCUCAGACACCUGUUGAGUUCCUUCAGAAAUACGAUGAUCUCAAGAUGAAAAAUGUGCGAGAUGUGGAUUCAUUUGUUUACCUUCUUUCAAAGGUGGCUGAAGAUGAACCAACAAAAACUUUUCUGGAGAAGAAUGCCAAAGACAAGGCAGCUGCCGCUGGUGUGUCCUUGACCCCUCAAGGUCAUAUUCUCUCACAGCUUCCUGCUCCAGGAUCCAAGAUGUCAACGCAGGAGUUCGUCGAGUUGCGGGAUAAAUUAUUAAAGGAAGCAACCAGUGUAUCGUCACAUACAUCAUCCGAUGUGCUCAGGAAAGUGUUGAGAGAAAAACAAAGCACGAAGAAUGUGAAUAUUCCUGUGCAGCCUGACUGGAUAUUUCUGCGGCCAUACCUCACCAUGGAUUUCGUGACUGAAAAUGAUGAACCCAUAGAUGCUAAUAUUCUUCCUCUAGGCACUCUUCCAGUGGCUCUGCAGGAACAGGCCAUGAUAGAUGAUAUACUAUUUUGUAUGGAGGGAGUGGAGGGCAAAUACAUCACUGCCAUGCCACUUACAGAUCGGUAUUCACCAAAAGAAUUCACCAUUGACCAAAGUUUAGACCCAUCAUUGAGAGACCAUGUGUCACGUUUCCUUCCGCUGUGUUCAGAUUAUUCAAUUGUUGUCCGCUUCAUAGAAGAAAAAUCUGCUUUUGAGUAUGGCUUGGUAAAUCAUGCCCUGGGUGCAGCAAUGAGAAUCCUGAUCAAGGACUAUUUGGUGUUAGUUGCACAACUAGAGUAUCAACAUAGACUAGGCCAACUUUCUCUCCAGAAGUUCUUCUUUUACAUUCAACCCACCAUGAGAACCAUGGAGAUCCUAGCAUCGGUGGCUAACUCUGUAAACAAGGGCGAGUGUAUCGGUGGCUCGGUGCUAACUUUGUUACAUGAGAAAACAUCUAGUCUCGUAGGGGAUUCGAAAGGCCAGGAAUUGUGCCUGUGUCUUACACAAGCCGCGUGUGUUCCAUAUUUUGAAAUUAUGGAGAAAUGGAUUUACAAAGGGAUCAUAUCUGAUCCAUAUUCAGAGUUUCUUGUCGAGGAAAACCAGAGUUUAAUCCGCGAGAAGUUGCAAGAAGACUACAAUGAUGCAUACUGGGAGCAGCACUACACCAUCUGUCGAGAACGCAUCCCCAGUUUCCUGGAGCGGGUCGCUGAUAAGAUCCUCAGCACUGGGAAAUAUCUCAAUGUUGUCCGACAGUGUGGCCAAGAUGUGACAUGUCCCCAUGCUGAAGAGAUUGUGUAUACUAUCAAGGAGCGGCAAUAUGUCGACCAUAUUGAGAAGGCCUAUUUCUAUGCGAGCAAAGUCCUGCUUAGUCUAUUGAUGGAAGAGAAGGAACUAAUGGCCAGACUGAGGUCAAUAAAGCAUUACUUCCUGCUGGAUCAGGGAGAUGUGAUUGUACAGUUCAUGGAUAUGGCAGAAGAUGAAAUGAAGAAAACCAUUGAUGAUAUCAUGCCAACCAGACUGGAGACCUUACUUGAGCUGGCCCUCAGGACAAGCACAGCCAACGUUGACCCUUUCAAAGAUGACCUCAAGGUUGACCUUCUUCCAUAUGAUCUAAUCACACAGCUGUUCAAAAUACUCAGUAUCGAGACCAAAAUGGAAAAAGAUUACCGAAUUGACCCCACCGACCUCCAUCUGUCUGGCUUGGAGGCAUUCACCUUUGACUAUGUGGUGAAGUGGCCCGUCUCCCUGGUUCUGAACAAGAAGAUCCUCACCCGAUACCAAAUGUUAUUCAGACAUCUCUUCUACUGCAAACAUGUGGAAAGGCAGCUAUGCAACGUUUGGCUCAUGAACAAAGUUGCCAAGCAGUACACACUGCAGUCAACCAGAUGGUAUGCCCCGGCCUUUGCACUGCGCCAGAGGAUGUUAAACUUUGUCCAGAACUUCCAGUAUUACAUGAUGUUUGAAGUGUUGGAGCCAAACUGGGUCGUCUUUGAGACAAAUAUGGAAGCAGUGUCCAAUUUGGAUGACGUUUUGAUGUACCACUCUGACUUCUUGAACAACUGCUUGAAGGACUGUAUGCUGACCAACCCAGACCUUCUGAAGAUUGUGCACAAACUCAUGAUGGUCUGUGUCACCUUCUCAAACUUUAUACAGCGUUUGACUGAGAGUAGCAAUGUCGAGUCAGAAUCGUCCAAGUUGACAAUAGAAUCGAGUACUCUGCAGGCAACAGCUGCCGCAAAGGAGAGGGCGCUCGACCCGGAGAAGAAAAAGGCCACAGCCAAGGUUGUAUCAGAACACGUUGACCAGCUAGCAUCAAGUGAAAACUUCGAACGAACCAUCACCAACUUUGACCAGAACUUUACGCGUCUUCUCAUCAGCUUGCUCGAUAAGAUCAUGGACAUGAGUAACGCCAAUUGUGAGCACAAACUCAUGAACAUCAUAUACAGGCUGGACUUCAAUGGUUACUACAGUGAACAGCUUGAAGCCGUCUCGGCGGAGAAAUCAAUGAUCGAAGCAGGUUCGCUGAGCCAUAGAUCAGGAUCCGGGGCCGGGUCACCAUCAUCCGCCCAUUCGAUGAAUUCUGCUCGAUCUAGUGGAAAAGGCAGUGACAGGUGAGGCCAAAGAACAGCGAAAAUAAGUGAGGACAUCCAUCUAAUGUUUGCCAAGACAGUUGUCAGCUCUGCUGAGCUGCAGGGCCUGAAACUCAUGUAAUUGAAUCAAAUUUGGUGUCUUACUUUCUGGUCCUGGUUGAGGACAUUUCAUCUUUGGACCAAAAGGUUAUCUGCUCCAGUGGUAGUAAAUUUUCAGCUGCUGCAUGCAUGACAUCAUAAUGAAUUUAAACUUGAAUUAAUCUUGUACUUAAGGUUGAUUAAUGGAAUAACAAUGCUUGGUUUUCAUUUAAUUGAUUUUGAAAUAUUGUGUAUAUUGACGCUCGAGAAAGUAAUCAUAUAAUACUAUGCAAAAAACUUUUCUAUUAAGGAAAAGGAUGUAUUUUUUCGAUAAUAAA